AUGGGCAAGGAGAGUUUCGAGCUCCGCCCCUCCCCCCUGGGGCGGGGCCGGCGGAAGCAGCGGGAGAGGCUGGAGGAGAUGAAACAGGAGCUGGAACUGGACGAUCACAAACUGGACGUGAAGGAGCUCGAGCUCAAAUACAGCACGAGCGCCACCAAGGGUCUGUCGGAGGCGGCGGCGGCCGAGCGGCUCCUGCGGGACGGGCCCAACGCGCUGCGGCCGCCGCGGGGCACGCCGGGGCUCGUGCGCUUCGGGCGGCAGCUGGCCGGGGGCCUGCAGUGCCUCAUGUGGGUGGCCGCGGGCAUCUGCCUGAUCGCCUACGGCGUGCAGCGCGGGCAGGGCCAGCGCGGCGGCUCCGACGACCUGUACCUGGCCGUGGCCCUCAUGGCCGUCGUGGUGGUCACCGGCUGCUUCGGCUACUACCAGGAGUUCAAGAGCACCAACAUCAUCGCCAGCUUCCGCAACCUGGUCCCGCAGCAAGCCACGGUGGUGCGGGCGGGGCAGACGCUGCAGGUGAACGCGGCCGAGCUCGUGGUCGGGGACCUGGUGGAGAUCAAAGGCGGCGACCGAGUCCCGGCCGACAUCCGCGUGCUGGCAGCGCAGGGCUGCAAGGUGGACAACUCCUCGCUGACCGGCGAGUCGGAGCCGCAGACGCGCUCACCUGAGUGCACCCACGAGUCGCACCUGGAGACGCGCAACAUCGCCUUCUUCUCCACCAUGUGCCUGGAAGGCACGGCCACGGGGCUGGUGAUCAGCACAGGUGACCGCACGGUGAUCGGGCGCAUCGCCAGCCUGGCCUCAGGUGUGGAGAACGAGAAGACGCCGAUCGCCGUGGAGAUCGAGCACUUCGUGGACAUCAUCGCCGGCCUGGCCGUCUUCUUCGGCGCCACCUUCUUCGUGGUGGCCAUGCUCAUCGGCUACCCCUUCCUGCGCGCCAUGGUCUUCUUCAUGGCCAUCGUGGUGGCCUACGUGCCCGAGGGGCUGCUGGCCACCGUCACGGUGUGCCUGUCGCUGACGGCCAAGCGCCUGGCGCGCCGGAACUGCGUGGUGAAGAACCUGGAGGCCGUGGAGACGCUGGGCUCCACCUCGGUGAUCUGCUCCGACAAGACCGGGACGCUCACGCAGAACCGCAUGGCCGUGGCGCACCUGUGGUUCGACGGGCAGGUGCACGACGCCGACACCAGCGAGGACCAGUCGGGUGAGGCCUUCGAGCAGCGCUCGGAGUCGUGGGCGCUGCUCAGCCAGGUGAUCACGCUCUGCAACCGCGCCCAGUUCAAACCCGGCCAGGAGGGCGUGCCCGUGGCACAGCGUGACGUCAUCGGCGACGCCUCCGAGUCGGCGCUGCUCAAGUUCGCGGAAGUGACGUCAGGGCCGGUGGCGGCCGCCAGGGGGCGCUUCCCGAAGGUGGCGGAGCUGCCGUUCAACUCCAGCAACAAAUUCCAGGUGUCGGUGCACGAGGCGGGCUCGCAGCAGCUCCUGGUGCUCAAGGGCGCCCCCGAGCGGGUCCUGGAGCGGUGCCGGGGGCACCUGCGGGGGGGGGAGGAGCUUCCCAUGGACCCCGAGUGGAGGCGGAGCGUGGAGGGGGCGUGUCUGGAGCUGGGGGGGCGGGGCGAGAGGGUGCUCGGGUUCUGUGCCCGCUGGCUGCCCGCUGGCACGGUGGCCCCGGGCGCGCCGCCCGAGGCGCUGGCCGAGGUGGCCACCGGGCUCUGCUUCGCGGGGCUCGUGUCCCUCAUCGACCCCCCCCGGGCCACCGUGCCCCAGGCCGUGCGCAAGUGCCGGACGGCCGGGAUCCGGGUGAUCAUGGUCACAGGUGACCACCCGGUGACGGCCAAGGCCAUCGCGGCCGCCGUGGGAAUCAUCUCGGAGGGCAGCGAGACCCCCGAGGACGUGGCCGCGCGCCUGCACCUGCCCCUCGAGCAGGUGGAGCCCAGGCAGGCGCGGGCCCGCGUGGUCACCGGCCCCGAGCUGGCCGCGCUGGCCCCGGGCGCUCUCGAGGAGCUGCUCCGGAGCCACCCCGAGAUGGUUUUUGCUCGGACGUCGCCGCAGCAGAAAUUGGUCAUCGUGGAGAGCUGCCAGCGCCUGGGCGCCAUCGUGGCGGUGACAGGUGACGGCGUCAACGACUCACCUGCGCUGAAGAAAGCCGACAUCGGCGUGGCCAUGGGCGUGGCCGGCUCCGACGCCGCCAAGAACGCGGCCGACAUGAUCCUGCUGGACGACAACUUCGCCUCCAUCGUCACCGGCGUGGAGCAAGGCCGGCUGAUCUUCGACAACCUGAAGAAGUCCAUCGCGUACACGCUGACCAAGAACAUUCCGGAGCUGGCGCCGUACCUGGUCUACAUCACGGCCAGCGUGCCCCUCCCCCUGGGCUGCAUCACCAUCCUCUUCAUCGAGCUCUGCACCGACAUCUUCCCGUCGGUGUCGCUGGCCUACGAGCGCGCCGAGAGCGACAUCAUGCACCUGCGGCCGCGCGACCCCCGGCGCGACCGCCUGGUCAACGAGCCCCUGGCGGCCUACUCCUACUUCCAGAUAGGUGUGAUGCAGUCUCUGGCGGGGUUCACGGAUUACCUGGUGGCGCUGGCGCAGGAGGGCUGGUGGCCGCUGCUGCUGCUGGGGCUGCGCCCGCGCUGGGAGGACGCGCACGAGCAGGAGCUGCAGGACAGCUACGGCCAGCAGUGGACGUUCGCGCAGCGCAGGUACCAGCAGUACACCUGCUACACCGUGUUCUUCAUCAGCAUCGAGGUGUGCCAGAUCGCCGACGUGCUGAUCCGCAAGACGCGCCGGCUCUCCCUGCUGCAGCAGGGGCUCUUCCGGAACCGCACGCUGCUGGUGGCCAUCGUGUUCCAGGUGUGCAUCGGCUGCUUCCUCUGCUACUGCCCGGGGAUGCCCAACAUCUUCAACUUCAUGCCCAUCAGGUUCCAGUGGUGGUUGGUGCCGAUGCCCUACGGGCUCCUCAUCCUCGUCUACGACGAGAUCCGGAAACUCGGCGUGAGGCGGCACCCGGGCAGUUGGUGGGAUCGGGAGCUUUACUACUGAGAGGAACACCUGGGCACACCUGGGCACACCUGGGCACACCUGGGCACACCUGGGACCCUCCCUGGACACCUGGGGCACACCUGGGCACACCUGGGACCCUCCUUGGACCCUCCCUGGACACCUGGAGCUCACCUGGAUCCUUCCUUGGACACCUGGGGCUCACCUGGGCACACCUGGGACCCUCCCUGAACACCUGGGCACACCUGGGCCACCUCCGUGGACCCUCCUGUGAUACCUGAGACCCACCUGGGACCUCACCUGGAUACCUGGGACCCACCUGGGAACCCCCUUGAACACCUGGAACCCACCUGGGACCUCACCUGGGACCCCCCUUGAACACCUGGAACCCACCUGGACACCUGGGACCUCACCUGGAUACCUGGAACCCACCUGGGACCCACCUGGGACCUCACCUGGGACCCCCCUUGAACACCUGGGCCCCACCUGGGACCUCACCUGGACACCUGGGACCCACCCUGCACACCUGAGACCCACCUGGAACCCACCUGAGACUCACCUGUGACCCCCCCUUGAACACCUGGAACCCACCUGGGACCCCACCUGGAUACCUGGGACUGACCUGGAACCCACCUGGGACCCACCCUGCACACCUGAGACCCACCUGGGACUCACCUGGGACCCCCCUUGAACACCUGGAACCCACCUGGGGCCUCACCUGGACACCUGGUACCCACCUGGGACC